AUGUUGUCCCUUCGCCAUGUCUGGAUCAUUGUCACUGAUGUUGCCAACUCGCUGUUCGGAUCGCCUUUCCUUACUCAAGGGUCACAAUACCCAAUAGGAGCUAAGUUUGGCUUGUCUCGGCCUGACAUCGACGGUAUCGAACCUGGGCAUCCCAUCUUCAGGCCUCCCGGCAGCAACAUCGAUGAAUUCGUCUGCGACUAUUCGAACAUGCCUGGCUUCAAGCCAUGUGGAACUCCCGACGACCAAAGCUGUUGGCUGCGUAACGCCCAAACAGGCCAGGAAUACAACAUCACCACUGACUAUGAGAGUGUUUCCCCUAAAGGCAUCACACGCGUAUACUAUCUCGACGUUACGGACGACACUAUUAACGCCAACGGACUGGCGUUCGGUGAAGCCAAAGUCUUCAAUAACUCCUGGCCUGGUCCGCUUAUUGAAGCCUGCUGGGGAGAUACCGUAGAAAUCCACGUGCGCAACUCUCUUGCUUACAACGGAACUAGUAUCCACUGGCAUGGCAUCCGGCAGUGGGAGACCAUGCACAUGGACGGUGUGAAUGGCCUCACGCAGUGCCCCAUUGCCCCUCAGUCUGAGUUUGUCUACCGAUGGAACGCGACGCAGUAUGGUACUUCGUGGUACCACAGUCAUUACUCCGUGCAAUAUGCCGAUGGACUACAAGCCCCUAUCACUAUCCAUGGCCCAACCUCUUACCCGUAUGACGUUGCUAUCGAACCAAUUACGGUCACUGAUUGGGCGAAUAACAGUGCAUUCCAAUUCAUCUUUCCACACGCCAAGCCAGAUACUCAGGAUAUUCUCUUGGGUGGAUACGGCAACAUAACUCGGUUUUCGGGCGGCAAAAUUCAAAAUGACGAAGAGAUUCCACGUGGCUUUGAGAUUACGUUUGAUGACGCGGAUCCCAACCCAGCGACCAGGGCAAAGCGAUAUCUCCUUCGUUUGAUCAACACCGCCUUCGACAAUACUUUCGUCUUUUCAAUCGAUAACCACAAGUUAAUAGUGGUUGAGGCCGACUUCGUUCCCGUUGAAAACUUCACCGUCACCUCAAUUCCCAUUGCGAUCGGCCAGAGAUAUAAUGUCAUUGUCGAGGCAGCACCAGUGGUCAACAGCUCGGACCCCUCGUCCAACCCUCUUCCAAAGGACGGCAACUUCUGGAUUCGUACGUAUGCUGCCAGCUCAUCUACACUUCACCGUGACAUCGGGGACCAAGACAACUACAUGAAGACGGGCAUUCUCCGCUACGACAGGACCAGUACAGCUGACCCCUCCACCAAUGCAUGGGAUGUCGAUACCGCCGAAUCUGAUAAGGCCAUCAAUGAUCAACUGAAGCCCGCUUUGCAGUGGCAGGUCCAGCGCCCGGCGAAUGGUAAGGUAGGGGAGGUGUUCAAUGUUGUUACCGAGGGUUCCGAUAACAAAUACGCCUUGUCGUUCUUUGCUUUCCAAGGGGAAGGCAACAACGAUGUGACGCCGUUCCAAACGACCUACGGCAACCCUACGUUCUUGAAUCUAGACAAUGUAGGCGAUGAGUGGCCGACCGGUUGGGUUGUUGUGCCGGAGAACUACACCGAGACUGAUUGGAUCCAUCUUCACGGCCAUGACUUCGCCAUUGUACAACAAGACGACAACAAUUACUUUGACCCUGACAAUUUCCACCCUAAGCUCACCAACGUCAACUUCCCCCGCCGCGAUGUGGUACUGGUCUCGGCGGAGGGGCACGUUGUCAUUGCCUUCAAGGCCGAUAACCCCGGUGUGUGGUUGAUGCACUGUCAUAUUGCGGCACACGCGUCUAGCGGUCUCUCAUUGCAGAUCUUGGAGCGUCAAAAGGCAGCAAACGGGAUUUGGCCUCCGGGAAACUCAGCUGCCCUUGAUGCAGCCCAUAUGCUUUGUGCCAGUUGGAACAGUUGGGCAUAUGAUUGCAAGAACUUGUGGCCUGGAAACACGAAUCCCACAGGCAAGCCGGUCUAUCCUUCCUGUGACGACUCCACCAACCUUCAGAACGAUUCCGGGGUGUAA